AUGGAGAAUUCAUGUCAACCUGACGGCUUGAGUGAAAUUUUAGAUUUAACAGUUAAUGUAAGAAAGAUUUUACAAACAAAAUCAAUCGACAGACAAUAUGUUGGUAGAGUUAUAGAAAAUGUAAUUUUGGUUUUGGAAGAAAAACGAAGCAAUGCUGAGCGUCAAUUUAAAGCUAUUUUUGAAUUGGUUUGUGAUAUUCAUGAAAAAAUGGAGAUAGAUAUUCAUAGUCCAAGAAUAAUAAAACGACAAUACAUACCUUUGUUGGAUCAUGUUACGAACGACUUUCGUUUUAGGUUUGAUGAAGAGGGACUGAAUACUUUUGAGUUCAAUAUAUUUUUUUAUUCAAUUUUUUGUUCAAGAAAUCCCGAUGCACUUACUAAAUCACUUCAAACAAUAACAGACUACAUCAAUAGGUUGCAUGAGAAUAUGAGCAAUGAUAUAACUUUCAUAAAACUAAAUUCUGAGUUUCAGUUGUGGAAAUCCGUUACACAAAAUGAUGUUAAAGAUGGUUUAGAUCUCUUUAUAUCUUGUGAUGGAGAUAUGUUUCCCUUAUUAAACAAUGCCUACAAAUACUUGUUACCUUGCCUCUUUGCAGAUGAUAGUACCCUCCAUACUGCGUUCUCUUCCAGAAUUCCCAUUCCUUCCCAGGAAACUAAGAACUCACGGCGCAGGCAGAAAGGCGGAACUCAGUAUGCCCGAUAUUGUAAUGUCUGGCUCCACCAUCCCCAUCAAGCCCACCAUAUAUCUAUGCUCGAUAUUUCCAUCAGCAACACUCUUUCAUGGGAUGAUCAUGUCAGAUCCAUCGCAAAAGCUGCUUCACAAAAACUCGGAUUCUUAUUGUUCCCGCAGAUACGGCCUGUUCUAGAAUACUGUUCCCACAUAUGGGGUUCAGCACCAAAACAUACACUGAUGCUCUUAAUCCAGAGAAGAGCCAUUUGCCUGAUGGGUGACGCCACACUCACUCACUCUUUGACAUCAUUGGAACAACAUGAUUUUAUCUCAAUGCCUUUGCCUUCUAUCCCAAGAAAAAAUAUUUUCGACGCCCAUAUUUUUCAUAGGCUAAUUACUGGCUAUCACCCAUAA